UCAGUUUGCCGCCACCGGCUGACAAGUGACAGCUCCGCGAUCGAAAUUCAAAUCAUAUUUUUCGUAAACUUUUUAAUUUUUUCUUUGGAUCAGUUCGGCUGAUCGUCUCCGCGUUGAAGCGCCAUCGAGGUUCUUUUUUAGCAACAACCUUGGAGGUUGUUGCUUAGAAGUUCAUAAAAGCUUUGAGAAUUACGCUAUUACGGGGAGCACCGGGUGAGUCCGGCGCGACUGUCAGUGCCGGGCGAGACGGAGUAGUGAGGCUCUGUGCCAGGUGCCGCGGGCGGCCCGCGCCGCGCUGCUGGCGCCGCGCGCUCAACGUAGACCCGCCUUGGCUGCGCCGCGCCAUCGCCCGCUGACGCCCGCCACACGCCGCCACCUGACAGUUGUGGACUGACGCUACCUGCCCCCACAAGGGCGCCGACGAUACCUGACACCGCCUCCGUUUGCACGAAACUAGCCUCACUGAUUGGGAAUCGACGCAUUCUGGAAAACAUGAAGGUUGUAGAUGAAGAACGCAUCCGCGUGAUGGAGGGCCCCUGGAGCCCUACGGACGUGAUCCGCCAGAUCGUGGAGGAGGGCUCGCAGGAGGACCCCUUCUACGUGAUGGACCUCGGCGAGGUGGUCGCGAGGUACCACCGCUGGAAGGAGCUCAUGCCCAGGGUCGAGCCCUUCUACGCGGUGAAAUGCAACGACGAGAAGUUACUGCUGACGACGCUGGCCGCGCUGGGCGCCGGCUUCGACUGCGCGUCCAAGGCGGAGAUUGAGCUCGUCACCUCCAUCGGAGUCAAACCCGACCGCAUAAUAUUCGCGAAUCCCGCGAAGCUGUCGUCCCACAUCCGCUACGCCAGCAGCGUGCGCGUGCGCACCAUGACCUUCGACUCCGAGACCGAGCUGCUGAAGAUCAAGCAGCACAUGCCCACUGCCCAGCUGUUGAUCCGCAUCCGCUGCGACGCUGCGUCGGCGCAGUGUCCGCUGGGCCUGAAGUUCGGCUGCGACGCCGCGCUGGAGGCGCCGCGGCUGCUCAAGCUGGCCGCUGUGCUCGGGCUGGAGGUGAUCGGUGUGUCGUUCCACGUGGGCUCCGGCGCCGCGGAGACGGCGGUGUACUCGCGCGCCAUACAGCUGGCGAAGGCGCUGUUCCUGUUCGGGGGCUCCGUGGGGCUCCGCAUGCAGCUGCUGGACAUCGGCGGCGGCUUCCCGGGGCACAGCGGCUCCAGCAUCGACGAGGUGGCACGCGUGAUCAACAGCGCGCUGGAGUGUCAGUUCCCGGAGCGCGGGCCCGGCGUGCGCGUGGUGGCGGAGCCCGGCCGCUACUUCGCUGCGGCCGCCUACACGCUCGCCACCAUGGUGCACGCCAAGCGGGAGGUGAUAUCGAAGGAGGGCGACGAUGACUCGCACACGAUGUACUUUGUGAACGACGGAGUCUAUGGCUCCUUCAACUGCGUGCUCUAUGACCAUCAGCAAGUCGCCUGCGAACUUCUGCAGCCGUCCUCCGAACCGGCUGUGCCGUCGUCAGUGUGGGGCCCGUCGUGCGACGGUCUGGACUGCAUCCUCCCCCGCACGCCUCUGCCCCCCCUCGCGACGGGCAGCUGGCUGCUGUGGCGCGACAUGGGCGCCUACACCAUCCCCGUCGCUUCGCCCUUCAACGGGUUCCCCGUGCCCAGGGUCCGCGCCGUGGUCGACCACCGCCUGUGGUCUGUCCUCCGCGACCUAUGGCCGCUUACGGAGUCCCACUUCGUAGUCGGGUCGACGAUGCGAGGCCCGCAGUCCCCGCCCCCCGCAGCGCCCGCUAGCCCCGCCCCCGCCCCCGCCCCCGCCCCCGCUAGCCCCGCCCCCGCCAGCCCCGCCCUGCUGGAGUCGCUGGAGCCGCACUCGCAUCUCCGCACUGCGGUGUUCGUGGAGUGCGCGCUCAAGUGACCGCCAGCGGCUUGAACGCCUCGUGGAAAAUGCGCGAUUUGAUUUGUAUUUUCUACAAGUCACGUCAAGUGACCCCAAAUUGUGGCAAGUGUUUCAAAUACAACAUAUGCAAUAGUUAUGAGUGUUGAAACUAUGCGAUGACUAAACUGAAAAUUUUGAAAAUUAUCUUGUGAAGACCUAAAGCUGUAAUGAGCGAAACUGAUGUGUUGUCUGUAAAUUCUGUGGGUUGAAAAUAAGAGGUAAAAAUCAUUUAACUACAGCCUGUCAAGAAAGUGAAGAAACGAGACGACUGUCUCGUGUUGGCUGGCGACACUGGUUUAUCGACCAAUCUUGACCAUUAUAUUAGUUAUUGCGAAGGCAAAAAAAAUGUUGAAAAUCGGUUUUCUUCAUUUUCUUUGACAAUAGACUGUCAUAAUCAUUGAUUGUUGAUUGAAAUAUAAAAGUGCAUGGAAACCAUUGGCAUGUUCUGGAUAAUAUAAUAAUGUUAACCAGCACGCCGACCACCUGUUCUAAUAUACACAAUGAAAUGCUUUUCUCAAAAUGUAAGGAAUUUAACAUAGAAUAUACAGAAUGCAAUUUUGGGGAAAGUUGAGAUAUUUUGUGGAGGAUAUGUUAUCAUACGCGCAUUUUUCUCGCGAGUUUCAAUUAUUAACAAUCAAGACUUGAAGAAGACAGAAGAUUUUGAUUAUUCUGUUGUGUUAUAAAAAUGUCUAGAUUGUUAAUUUUUUUUGUGGACGUAUUCCCAUACAAAGUGAUUUGAAGAAUGAAUAUUAUUUGUGAGUAAAUGUAUUUAAUCUAAUAAAUAAUUACGUAUACAUUUAUUGUAUGGGAAUAUGUUUCAUUUGACUUAUGUUUUUUUAUACAAUUUUGACUUUGUUUCUUUAUAUUGAUUGAGAAAUUAUUAUUUUUUAUAUACUAGACAAUUAUUAACAAUUUUUGUAAAACAAUGAUUUUAACUAUUUCAUGUGCUAAUAGAAAAUAAUUCAUUAUGGACUUUGCAAUGUUAAACUUUUAUAUAUUGUAUAUCUUUGAGUAGAUAUGUGUAAUUUUAUAGAAUUUUCUCCGCUACUAACAGAAUAUCAUGUUUUUUGUAAUGAACCAAUUAAGUUGGUUUUAAGCCUUAUUACAUUGUGCAUAAGGUCUCUAAUGGCACCACAUCUGCGUUUAAAUGAACUGCCGAAUUGUAUUUACUUGAAUCAUUUCACAUGAUCAUAAAGCUCGUGUCUAGAGUAGCGUACAUUCCUUUGUGUAAAACUAUCGAUGUAAAGGAUUUCUCAAUGUAUCACUAGAUGGGUUUCGCGGAAUAUUUGUAGCAAAUGCUUUUCGAAUACAUUUAUUGGAUGUA